UGUUGCUAAUAAUAUAAAUUUAAAUUUUCUUUUGGGCGUACUUAUAGUCAUCAAGCAUUAAAAAUGAGCAAACUCAAUUCGAUCUUUCAAGAGCCUAAACUUAGUGCUCAAAUGUCGGACCCAUACAUAAAAUGCCCCAAGAGAAGAGUAUUCGUCUUAACUAAUGAACAGGUUAUAAAUGAAAUACUUCCUGAUAAAACAUGCUCGGAAAUCGAAGUCUUCAAGACAAAAAAACGUGAUAUGCAAAAAAUAUUAAGAGCUCGUUAUAAAAAAGACGAAGAUGAAUCGGAUGAAUGUGACUCGAUUGAAAAUGCACCACAAACACCACGUCCAAUAAGAUCAUGCCCAUAUGUACAAUUAAAUCCCAGUGAUGAAAUAAGUGUUAGUAGCAUUUUCUCUGAAAUACUUUCACUUGUGCUUCCAACUGAAAAAGAAAUUAAAGAUUUAAAAUGGGAAGUAAAAGCCAAAGACAUGUCGAAUGAUAAACAGUGUAUGUUAUUCCCCGAUUAUAUGCACAUAUUUAGUGUAUUCGAUGGGGCAAUGUGUCAAUUGAAAGCAAAAGAGAAAAUAGAGUUGGAGGUGAAUGAGGUGCAGAGAAUAGGCAAGCUUAAAUUUGAGGUUGAAGAGACAACAGACGGUUACUAUGUACAUAGCUGGAGUGAAAUGCAUAAGGAAAGGGGAAGUAAUACUGUUUGUGGACAUGAGCUUAAAGGGAAGUACGAUAACAAGUUCAGACUUGUUGUGGAGAGACGUAUGGAAUAUAAUCCGUUAAAUAAUGCAACUGUGAUUAAACGAUUGAUGUUGCGCAAUGUAGAUUAUAAAAAAAUCGUAGCAACACGUGAAAUAUGCUUAAAUGAUACGCGAACCACUUAUUCGGCAGAUAUUGAUAUUAGGGGUCGCCCAGAGCCAUUUAUAGGUGAUGGUGGAAUUACAGCACUUGUACGAUUUCUUGUUAUAAAUAAAUUUUUUGGAGAUUACGAACUUUAUUCAAUGUCUUUAUUUGGUAAAGUUGUACGUGUUGUAUUAAAUAUAUUUGAGGAACGUCACACAAUGCGGAUAUUUACAGAAACAUUUAGAAAUCUUUUUCUUGUAAAAAAAACUGAGUACUUUGAUGAUGAAGAAGUAGAAGUUUCGGAAUCUUAUUUGACAGCGAAAGGCAAACUUAUAUUACAUUUUUGGCCUACUUUUAACUACAUUCUUCAUUGUAGUAGGCCUAUAGAACCACCAAAAGAAAUGAUCAUACCAAGAUUGGAGUUUCAAUGGAAACAGGAUUCCGCAUUGUACCAAUAUUAUAUCAGUAAAGAAAAACUAUACAGAAAUCUUGUAAUUGAAUAUCUAAAAGAAAGUCCAGAAGUUAAAGUAUUUCUACGUGAUUAUAUGCGCAUGAUGGUCAAAUUGAAACCAAAGCCAACUGAUGUAUUCAGAUACACUGUUGAAUUCUUUUCUUCUUUUGCCUAUAGGCCUAUAAAACAGGAAUAAUAUAUUUUUUUAUCAUUCAUUUAAAUAAUUAUUAGCAACAAAUAAAUUAUUCUGUGAAUUUUUGUUAACAUUA